AAUGCAAUUACGCGACGCUAUGUUUUGACAUAUUUAUUUGUUGCGCUUGAUAGGCAGUAGUCACUUGCUGGUGCUUGUGCUGUGUGUGUGAAUUUGUUUUAAGUCCAAGCUGUUUGAAAAUUGUUUUUAAUAAAAUAUAAUAUAAUAUAAAAAAGUAUUUUCUAUUGUACUAAUGCAAAUUUGAAUUUGGACACAAAAUAAACCCUACAGUACCUGAAAAGAAAUUAAACAAAGUGUUAAGAUGACAAACAUGAGACCGCCGAAUAAAACCAUACUUCUGAAGGUGGUAAUUUUGGGUGACGGAGGCGUUGGAAAGUCGUGUCUGAUGAACCGCUUUGUAUCCAAUCGUUAUGAUGAAAAUAAUUUUCAUACAAUUGGCGUAGAGUUUAUGAACAAGGAUAUCGACGUCGAUGGAGAGAAAUACACACUACAGAUUUGGGAUACAGCGGGACAAGAACGAUUUCGAGCUUUGCGUACACCUUUUUAUCGCGGCUCUGAUGUAUGUAUAUUAUGCUAUGCUGUAAACGAUCGCGAUAGCUUCCGUGGUCUAAAACUUUGGCGUGAUGAAUUUCUUGCUUAUGCUAAUAUUAAAGCAGACAAGUUCCCCUUCAUUGUAGUUGGAAAUAAAGUCGAUUUGGCAUUACACGACCGUCAGGUUAGUUUUGAGGAAGUACAAGAAUGGUGCGACAAUAACUCAAUUUCCAGUGUUAUCGAAACAUCAUCAAAAGCGGCUAGUAACGUAACUGACGCUUUUACCCUGGCUGUGCGGCAAUGGAAACAUAUGGAGCGAGUAGCUGAGAUUGAGUUAAAGCAACAAAACGACACAAUUGACUUAACGAAAACAAUACGUUUAGCACAUAAUCGACUGUGCUGUACGGGUAAUGCAGUUGGUAGCGGAGAAUUGGAAGAUGAAUCAAUGAGUUCCUCAUCGCCUAGACGUUUUGGACGACGUCAACAAACAUCACAACAAACAAAUUUUCAACUCUAAAAAAUCGAUUUAUCUAAAAAGCCUUAUUAGUUUCAAAGAUCACAUUGUUAGUUUGAAAAUAAAACAUCUUAUUUGCUUUUCAAAUAUGCUGUCAAGAAGCACUAAAGAAAUUUCUAGUACUACGUAUAUAUAUUUUCUAUAUACGAGUAUAUAAAAAUACCAGCUGUCGAUUUUUAACUAUUUCUAACCACUCAGUUGGCAGCUUUGAUUUUAGUUAAUAAGUUAAGCAUAAGUUUAUACAUAAAAGUAAUUAAUUAAGCAAUGUAUAAAAAAUUUUAUGUG